GUCAARRUAGUUAAUAUUCUACGUUUUUGGAAACAGAUUUGCAGCGGUAAUCAAUGCAAGUCCUUUGCUGAGCUGAACAUCAAGAAAUGUCCAGUGGUUAAUGGAAAAGUGUGCAACGGACAGGGAGUCUGUACAAGCUCUGGAGUAUGUCAUUGCCAUGGACUCUUUGAUCCUAAAACAGGCUGCAAAAACGCUUUUGCGCCUCAAAAUGGUGGCUUCAGUAAUUGGUCUGAUUGGUCCAAGUGUACUGCUGUUUGCAAUGGCGGGAAACACACUCGACAUCGAUUCUGUAACAACCCGUUCCCAAUGUAUGGUGGGAAAGACUGCCAAGGAAAACUGCAUGAAGAACGGGAUUGUAACACAAAAGCUUGUCCAAAAGCCAAUUCUUGUCGGCAUCUCCAGCUCAUUUCCACCUCAAACAACCAAAUCUUCCACGAUGGAGUGUACGAUAUCUAUCCCAGAGGCCCUUCCAAUCCUCCAAUCAAAACGUAUUGUGACAUGUCACGUGAUGGAGGUGGAUGGACGCUAUUGGUUUCUAGUGCAACAAAUACAUGGACUGCGGAUGACGUAAUGUCGAGGAAUGCUGGCAAGCCGAGCUUAACCGAUGACUACUCCAUAUUGAAAUAUGCUGAUGUUAUCAAAGAUAAUCAGAAAGUCCAAGGAUCAACAUUUGAGUAUCGUCUGGAAGCUGACAGACCAGGUUAG